AUGGACACCGCUCAGUUUAAACAGGAAUUUGAUAAGGCUAGCGCGAAGUUGGAUAGGUUAGAAGUUUUAAGACGUGGAGGGGAGGAAGAGUACCAAGGGGAAAAGAACGUCUUGGUGCAACAAGAGACUUUUUGGCUGGAAGAAAAGAAGAAGUGGGGAGAUGCUUUAGUUGCCGUUAAUGCAACUGUCGCCCAGACUUCUUCCCUCGCUGAAAUCAACGCCAAGAUGGAUAAACAGCAUGAAUUUAUGGAUAAACAGCUGGAAUCUAUGUCAAAGAUAUAUCAAUGUAUAACGGAAGAAAAAAAAACGGUUGCAUAUUCGACUAUUAAUAAAGAGAACUUCGAUAGCUUUCUUAAGCACAUUAAUUUUAACCUAAGUGCUGUGGAAUUUACCGGACCAUUGCCAAAGAAUGAUAUAGAACCCUACGAAUGGAAUGAUUACACUGAAAGUGACCCAAACCAAUUGGAAUUGAUAUCUCAAUACUUAAACCAACAUCUAAAACCAAACCUUCCAAAAGAUUAUGUUGUCUUUAACGUUGCAAACCACAAAAGUUUUCUCGACAUUACUACCGAAAAUUCUCCUUUUCCAUUCAAGAUCAAAGGCGGAACUGACUAUGUGGUGGUGGAGCAGAAGUAUAUUGAUAACUUAAUUGCUAAAGCUGAAACUCGGGCUACCAUAGAGUUAAAGAAAGUGCCGCAGGAGCAAAACAUAUGGCAAGCUAUUGCAGAAAUGGUCGCAGCCGACUUUUUGACGAACGAAGAGAUUAAGGUUAUCGGUGUAUUAACAGACCUGAACGAACGCUGGCACCUUUUUUGGUUAGAAGGGGGGAGAAAAAUCAUGAUGGUCAAAUUAUCGCAUCGUAAAAAGGCGUUGGAUAUUAUUAGUAGGAUGGUUAAGAUGAUGCGUGUGCCGGGUUUGCCUGGAGGGCAACGUAUAAAGAUUUAUGAUAAUGCUUAUACGCAAGUUGAUGAUAUUGCACCAUUAGAGGAUUUUUAUGAGGAGAUGAGUGAGGAAGAUAUACUAAGACAUAAAGCGAGAAAGGCUAUUGAUUUAAUUAGAAAUAAUCCAUUAUUUUCAGAUGUAUUUUCUAAUACUGUAGUCAAAUAA